AUGGACCAAGCUGGCGGGUGCAGGGAGAAGGCGGCGGCGACCGGCCGCGACACCAGCAACAAGAACAAGACUGCCGCCGGCGCCGAGGCCGCCGAUGACGCUUGUGCGCGCGGGCCAGCGCGCACAUGCGUCCCGCGGACAGCCUACAAGCGCGGCACGCUGUCGGGCACAUUCCUGAACCGCGUUACUGUCGUUGGGGGGCUUUGCCCUGAGCUGGCCUUCUCCCUGAACAAAGGCUUCGAUUCUGUGUCGGUGGACGCGCUCGCAGCGGACAGCUUCGCGCUCCUGUGUCGCGCCGUCACGUACUUCGGGUCACCGGGCCCGGACGGAGCGCCACGUAGUGGCGGCAACAUUGUCAGGGCGAUGCGGCUCGACCCCUGCCUGGGACUCCUCCCGCGACACCUCCGCGAGCUGACGGAGAGGAGCCUUCCGUCUGGUGCGUGCAUAUCACGGCUAUUCCUGGAGGAGGCCCGCGUCAACUUGACGAAGGGCAUCAAGCUACAGAACGCCCCUGGCAUCACGCGGGCGUCGAGCUUCGACACCGUAGGGAGGUGGCAGGAGAGUGGCAGGGACGGGACGUGCCGGUCUGCGUCGGUCCGUGUCGAGGUCGAUGGUGCGGUGCGCACCGGGCGGCUGGCGGCAUGCGUGUCGUCGGGGGUUCCGUUGCGGGGCUGCGGCGAGAAGCUGGUUGUCAACCACGCGUUCGUCCAGCUCUACAGACCGUGCGACUGGAGGGGCACGCCGCUCCCGAAGACCGCGCUUUCAUGGCCAGGCCAGUUCAUGGCAUACGGGGCCAUUGAGGGGCCUGCGGGGUUGGAGCCGGAGAUGGUGCUGGUGCCUGCGCGGGCCGUCAAGGGUCGCGUGCAGGUCGUCCGCAGAUUCAAGAGCUUCAGAGAGGACAGCGGGGCAGUGGCGGACGAUGGAGCGUUGUAUGACGCAAGGCUGCGCGAGGUGGACGACAGCUGGCGGAACUGGACGGCGGAGCGUUUCUCUGUCGAGGAGGCCCGAUGCGAUACCUAG